UCGCUUGCUGGGAGACGGAAGGGCCGGGCCGGGGGCCGUCGAGGAUGGCGGUGUGUCCAGCUGUGCCGCCGUCGUGGCGCUACGGGUUACUGCUGGCCGCCUACGGGCUCUUCCUGCUGGUGGGCGCCGCCGUCUUCGCUGCCCUGGAGGGGCCUCCCGAGCGAGCCCUGCUGGCCGCCCUGCACGACGCCCGCGGCCGCCUGCUGGCCGAGCACCGCGCGUGCCUGUCGGAGGAAAGGCUGGCUGGCCUUCUGGAGCGCCUCAUCGACGCCGGCAACUACGGCGUCUCCGGCCUGGGCAACGUCUCCGGAGACGAGAACUGGGAGUUCACCUCGGCUCUCUUCACCGCCAGCGUCCUCACCACCACAGGUUAUGGACACACGGUCCCUCUCUCGGCUUUGGGCAAAAUAUUCUGCAUCCUGUACUCGCUGCUGGGCAUCCCCAUGACCCUGUUGCUCCUGGCCUGCCUGCUCCAGCACCUUCUGCCCCUCCUCAGCCACCGUCUCCGGUACAUCCAAACACGCUGGGGUUUCCCGCCAGCCCGCGUGGCCCUUGUCCACGCCAUGGGGCUGGGGCUGUCCACCCUGGGGCUCUUCAUCCUCAUCCCUGCCAUCUGCUUCUGGGCCCUGGAGGGCAGCUGGAACUUCCUGGAGUCGGUGUAUUUCUGCUUCAUCUCUCUCAGCACCAUCGGCCUGGGCGACUACGUGCCGCGAGGGAGCUCACAGCCACCUCUGCACGAGCUCUAUGAGCUUAGCAUCACUUGCUAUCUCCUUGUUGGCUUAUUGGCCACUGUGACUCUUGAGACGGCCUAUCAGCUACAGGAAGUCCGGGCUUUUGUGCGUUUCUUCGCUCCUGCCAGUGACCCACCCCAGGAGGAUGACGACCGUCUGGAGAUCUUGGCCAGAGACCAGCUUGCCUUGACCACAGUGUCUGGUUCCACUUCCCAAGAUGUGCCUAUGGAAAGAGGUGCCACUUGACACCUCCUGGGGGGAGCCAACCCUCCCCCAGUCACCGUUGGUUUUAACGGGUGUCUCUGUUGAUGGAUGCUUUACUGGUCUUUAUUUGCGUUCUUGCUGUUUUAUUGUAUUUUAUUAUAUUGUAUUAUUGUUGUUGUUGUUAACUGCCCCGAGCGCCAUUUGGCGGAAAGGCAGGGUGAAAAUUUAACUGAUGUAAAAUAAGAAACUGCACCCUCAGCUCCCCCUGCCCAUGCCCAGCCUUCAGUGUGCACCCUAGAGAGGAAGAGUACAUGUGAUAGAGAAGCAUUCAGAGAGGGAGCAUGGAGAAGCCACAAGUAGGAAGUCCAUAUAUUCUCUAGGGGUGAAAAGGGAAAACAAACAGCAAGAGCUGAAGCCACCUCUCGAAAUGCAGCACUUUGUGAUUCUGUGAGCCAGUGACUCCAUUCAAGCAUGGUUAAUCUAUUUCUGAUUGCUCUUCUAAAAAGCCGAAUCCAGGAAGCAGUGCAAAUUUUGACACCACCUCCAAGAAAUCUCACAGAGAAAUCUCCUUCGUUCUUUCUUGGUCCACAUUCACAACAUAAGUAAAAAGCACUACGAUGCCACUUU